AUGAUGAGAUGUUAAUACAAAAACCAUUAUAAUUAAAUAAAAAAUAUAGUAUGCUUAUGCGAAAAAGAGGCUUUACUACUUUGUGUAUAUUGUUUUUAAGAUGGACAUUAAAAUCAUCAAUUUAUGGGAAUAGAAAAGUACUUAGAUAAAAUCAGAAAUACAUAUAUAGAUAUAUAAUCAGAAGAAAUCUAAAUAGAAAACUAAAAAUAAUAAUUAAAAUAUAAAUAUGAUUAUUUAUAGUUAAAAAUAACAGAAUUAUCUUAAAAUUUGGAAAUUCUCCUUCAUUAAAUUAAAACAAAAAGUGAAUAAUAAAUGUCUGAAUUCUAAUAAAUGCAUUCUAAAAUGGCUUUAUUCUAGAUUAAAUUAACAAAAGAUCCGUUAAACGAAUAAUAUAUUCAAGAAAGUUUAACUUUUUCUUAAUAUAUUAAUUAAUAAUUAAAAAAUGAAACCACAUUAUUUCAUUAAUAUGAAAUUUAAUUAUAUAGUAUACAAGAAAUAAUAUAAUAAAAUAUUUAAAAAAUCUAAGAAAGGUAAAAAAACAUCAUAAUAAAUUCCAAAAUCAAUUCCGAUUCUCAUCUUUUGUACACUAAAAGUAUACUUCAUGCCCAUAAUAAUCGAAUUAACUCAUUUCUUUUACAAUAACAUAAUAUUUUGUACACUUGUUCUUUAGAUGGAACUUUAAAAAAAUGGUCUUUAAAUACAAUUAAAUGCCUUGCAAUUUAAAAAUGCGAUUCUCCAAAUUUUUAUCUUAACUUAAUUAUAAUUGAAAAUUAAAAUAUAUUAGUUGCACUUAGAAAUGAUAAUAAAGUUCAUAUUUUAAAUCUUAGAACUUUAAAGAUUAUAAAAACAAUAAAAAUUCCUUGGAAUUAAACUAGUUGUCCUUAACUAAUUAAAGGAGUUAAUAAAAAAAGUCACCAUAUUGCAGUUUCUGCAGGCACUAAAAUAUUCAUUUUGGAUAUUUUAUUAGGAAAAAUUAUUUUUGAAACUGAAACUUAACCACUUUUUUUGUCUAUUCUUUUGAUUUCUUUAUUGAUGGAAAAUAUACAUAUUUAAUUAUUGGAGAUAAAAUAGGUAAUAUUUGUAUUAAUGAAAUUAAUUUUGGUGGAAAGAUGAAUACUAUUUCUUAAGCUCAUAUGGAAAAAAUUGUUGAUGUUAAGAUUUUGCCCUAAUCAAAUUAUGUAAUUACUGCUUCAACUGAUAGAUAAGUUAAAGUUUGGAAAAUGCCUAAUUUACAAUAUGUUUAAAAUAUUUAAACUAUAGGAUUUGUUGAUGGAUUUGAUACUUGUGGCAAAUAUCUUAUUAUGAAAUAAUAAGAUAUAGGUAGGCUAUAAAAAAUAUAUUUUAGCAAGAAAAAAAAUAGUGUUUAAUGUAAACCUUUUUUACCUAUUUAAGAAAAAUGUUAAGAUAUAUUUUUGUAUUAAAAUUAAAUGCUUAUUACUUAUUUUUAUAAUUCUAAAUAAAAAAGUGAUAUUUUUAUUCAAUAUUAUUGA